UAUUUAUUGGCAUAGCGAAAGAAAAUGAGAUACCGCUAUCGCGAUGUUAUUCCCUGCUGGGUUCGCACUACAUAAAGGCACAAGGACUCCUGGCAGACCGCAGUCCAGUACUUCGCAGCCAGCAGGAAAAACACAUUCUCCGUUAUCACAGCAAAGCAGAAGAUGGUGCAGUGCGCGAUGCUGACCGCCCCGGUGCUGCUGGUGCUGCUGCCGCUCGCCCUGGCCGCGUGCCCGUGCCCGCCCGCGCCCGCCUCCUCCAAGGUGUGCGGCUCCAACUUCGUCACAUACGACAGCCAGUGCCAGCUGGACUGCGCCUCCCUAUCAGGUGUCUCUGCGGUUCACCGCGGGCCUUGCUUGCCUAUCGAGAGCGCCCUGGGCGUCAUGGGCCCUCUCCGGAACGCGUCUCUCCCGGCCGGCGCACCCACCAACGUUCGGCUCAGCUCGGCCCGCUCCGACACCGACGACUACACCAAGUUGCAGCAGUGCAUGAGCCAAUACAGCUGCUCGUCCGCGACCUGCAGCUCAUGCUCCAUCUCCGGCAUCGACUCUUCUGAGUGCCAGGGCAAGUGCGUCAUAGAUUGCUGGUGCGGCUGUUACGGCGUCCCGGGCGCCAGCAUGUCCAACAUCCCCCAGAUUGAGACCUGUCUGGGCGACGACGAUUGCACGGCGAAAAAAACCAAGUGUGAAAGCAGCUGCAGCGACCAAAGCUGCUUGGUCUCGUGCUAUAUGGACUUCAUGAAGUGCACGUGCGAGUGCAACGACGCCAUCUCCCUGCGGCCCGCGCUCGGCCUCAGCGUCGCGCUGUUGGCGCUGUGGGUGUUCCAGGCAGCGGCCGGCAAGUGACCGCGACAAGGCGCCGGACUAACCGUCAGAAACAAGAGACUUUUCGGGCAUGUGCGUGCGUGCGUGCGUGUGUGUGUGUGUGUGUGUGUGUGUGUGUGUGUGUGUGUGCGUGUGUGUGUGUUUGUAAAUGGCAUUAUUGUAUCCAGCCCGGACUUCUGUGACAUAACUUAGUUCAGAUACAUUAUCGUAGCUUCUUAGCUAGUUCCUAAAUGCAUAUUUAAAGUUAUAAUCUUGUAUCUAACUCAGUUAUGCACACAGAAGUCCGGUGCUAAUUACAACAAUAGCCUUCACUGUACUCUGAAUCUUCCAAAAAGGACAAUAAAUAUUAUAAAUAAACUGAAAUAAAAAGCUUUUAUAUUAGUUA